AUGUCUAAAAGAGCUAGAAAAAAUUCAAUAAGGACAAAGAUCUUGUUAACAUCUUUAUUUACAACUAUUAUUACACUAAUAUUUGUGAAAGUAGUAUUCUUUAUGUUCUCAAGUGAUGUUGAUAUUAGUUUUAAAAAUUUAAAUGCAGAACUAUCAGGUAAUCUUCAAUCAACGAACCUGUUAACUAAAAAUAAAGGAUUAAAUGGAGAACUUUAUGAUAAAAUAGAGGAGUUAGCAAAUCAAAUAAUAAAAGAACAAAGUCUGCAAACAAAGGAACUGGAUAAACAGAGACGUUAUCUAGAGAAAAAAAUAAAUUCACUAAAGGAGCUACCGGCAAGAUCAUCUCAGUCUUUAAGGGAAAAAUUGACUUAUCAAUUUGAAUAUGAUAGUUCCAAAAAAUUUCCAGCAUAUAUUUGGCAGAUAUUUACAGAAACUUCUAUUGGUAAUAAGAAGACCAACGAAGUAAAAAAUGAAGAUACCUUAAAUUUACUUUGGGGUGAUAAGAAUCCAGGUUUCGUUGAUGAAGUUUUUGAUAAUAAUGAAGUAAUAAAAGCAAUGAUAAAGUAUCAUUACUCUAAUAUACCCGAAAUUUUAGAAGCUUUUGAAUCGCUACCAUCUGAAAUUUUAAAGGUUGAUUUUUUUAAAUUCUUAUUAUUGUUGGCUCGUGGCGGUACAUACGUUGAUUCUGAUACGAUACCUUUGAUCCCAAUUCCUAAUUGGAUUCCUGAAUCAAUAAAUACUAAAGAUGUUGGUCUUCUGAUAGGAAUCGAACAUGAUUCCAGUCCAGCUAAUUGGGAACAAACAUUUGCUAGAAGGUUACAGUUUGGUACUUGGAUCAUCCAAGCUAAACCAGGUCAUCCAGUAAUAAAAGAAAUGGUUGCAAGAAUAACUGAAUUCACCCUAAAACGUAAAAGUGAAGAUAACCUUUUAGUGAAUGUUAGGAACGAUGUUAAUGUAAUGAAUUGGACUGGUGCUGGUAUAUGGACAGAUAUUUUAUUUUCUUAUUUUAAUGACUAUUUAAAGAGUGGUCUAUCGACAAAAGUUAGUUGGAAAGAGUUUCAUUUACUAGAAAACCCUAAAUUAUUAAGUGAUGUACUUGUCUUUCCAGCCUUUUCAUUCAAUGCACCAAAGGAAAUCACUAAUCAAGAUCCAAAUAAGUCAUAUUAUUUCUGUCAUCAUGAAAAAAAGAAGUCAUGGAAAAACAUUCCAAAAGUAGAAAACUAG